CCCGGGGAUCAGUAGGUGGUUAUAACUCGGAAGGAGGUGGCUGCAGGACGGCACAGGCCCGAGAAGUCUGUGGCUGAGCGGGGAGCGGGUUCCCCACCCCCUACCUGGGGGCAGCAGGGUGCAGUGGCCAUGGUUCCAGCAGGACACCCCUGGACGUGGAUGGUCGGCGCCCUGAUCACAGCCCUGAUUCUGGGGGUGACAGAGCCUGUUCUUGCAAAUGAUGUUACCUCCUGUGAGAACCCCUCCGACCCUGGGCCCUCUGGAAGCACCCGGGACACGGCAGCUGGGGCCCAGGAGGACACCAGGGCAGACGAGGGCAGCAGCAGCCGCAUCGUGAAUGGGACCGACUGCGAACUGCACGCCCAGCCGUGGCAGGGGGCACUGUUGCUGCAGCCCAACCAGCUCUACUGCGGGGCCGUGCUGGUGAACCCGCAGUGGCUGCUCACAGCGGCCCACUGCCGGAAGCCACUUUACAGAAUUCGUCUCGGCCACCAUUCCGUGUCGCCCGUUUAUGAAGCUGGACAGCAGUUGUUCAAAGGGAUCAAAUCCAUCCCCCAUCCUGGCUAUUCCCAUCCCGGCCACUCCAAUGACCUCAUGCUCAUCAAACUGAACAGAAAAAUCCGUGAGACCCAGGCCGUUAAGCCCAUCAACAUCUCCCCCCACUGUCCCACGGCUGGGACCAGCUGCCUGGUUUCUGGCUGGGGAACUACCAGCAGCCCGCACGUUAAAUUCCCCAAGGUCCUCCAGUGCUUGAACAUCACCGUGCUAAGUACCGACAGGUGCAAGAAAGCCUAUCGAGGACAGAUAGAUUCCACUAUGUUCUGCGCCGGUGACAAGGCGGGCAGAGAUUCCUGCCAGGGUGAUUCCGGGGGACCUGUGGUCUGCAAUGGCUCCCUACAGGGCCUUGUGUCCUGGGGAGACUUUCCCUGCGCCCAGCCCAACAGACCCGGCGUCUACACCAACCUCUGCCAAUUCACUAAAUGGAUCAAGGACACCAUCCAGUCGAACUCAUGAGGCAUCCCAGGACCCCGCAUUCUGGUGUGCCCCACUCCUGCAAGGACCAUGACACUCUCUCCAGCCUCUCCCCAAGACUCCUGGAAUCAGGGUCCCCCUUCCCCAGCCCUGGGCUGACCCUGUCUUUCCAGUCAGGUCCUAGAGGCAGUUUCCCAGAAGAACCAAGGUGUGGGCCACCCCUCAGUUUCCCCCAUGCUUCCUUCCUCAGGCCCAGAGGCUGCCCUUGUUCUGCAACUUUGACCCAAAUUUGGUCCCAGAAAUAAAGCAUCUGAGGAGAAGUGGGCUCUGUAUGUGGU